UUCUUUCUUAAUAACUGCGUGUCGUUUUGAAUACACAAAAACGACGCGUGCUUUGUGCUUUCCCGCCACACACCAAAAGUCACUCAAAUCGAGAACCUCACCGAAACAAGCAUUUUCUCCUCUUUCCUUACGGCGAUGACGGCCAAGCGGAAGAGUAAGAAACGCCCAGCUUCGAAGGUCUCAGAUCCCGUCAACUUAUUCCGAUCCCUUGCUUCAGCAAUUACGUCCUCUCAGGUUUCUCAGAAGCCAAUUUUGAAACGUUUAUUGUGCCUUCUGGGUCCUUUAUCAUUAACCCAACCAACAAAUUGGGAGAAUUGUGACAUUGCUUCACAUCAUUGGAAUAUCAAGUUCCGUGGAGAGAAAGUGGACUUGAUCAAUUUCGAUGAUGUCUGUUUCCUCUCUGAUGUGUUGUUCACAGAGCUUGAUAGGAGUCUCGAAAGCCUGUUCGCUACUUUAUUCAAACAAAAGGCUGAAACUUGUCCUACAUUUGAAAGUACAGAAGAUAGUAUUGAAUUAGCUUCGCUGUUCUUAAAAUGUUGUAUGAAGAUCAUGUCUUUACUUGUGGCCAAACAAGAGCUUGUUCUGGAGAAGGCCAAAACUCUUCUCUCGAUCCUCGGUAGAUUGAUUCGUGCAAGAAAUGGAGAUUGUUCUUUUGUAUUCACGCAUGACGGUUCUUUAGAUCCCCGUCAUACGUUUCUUUGUACAGGGAUUGAGGUUUUUAUGGAUGAGAUUUUGGUGAAUAAGUCAAUCAGCGACCUUCUUUUCGUAGUUGAUUCUGCAUUCUCCUCAUGUAGACUGUUUAGUAAGCAUGAUAGGGCCGGUGUGGUGCAAAUCGUUUCUGCUCAUUUUAUUAUCGCAACUUCUGAUGAGAAAACGAAUCAAAUGUGUGUUGAGAGAUUAUAUUGGAAGAAAGGUAAUGCAUUUAGAACUCCCCAGAUAAGCUUGAGUGCUGCUGUGUCCUUGCUGCUAAACCCGGUUAUGUUCUCUGCACCAAAAAUGAUCCAUGCCUAUGUGGUUUUAUUGGUGUCUGACGCCAUUGGUAUUUGUUCACAUCCAUGUUUUAAGGGAUUAGACCUUCAGCUUAUUGAUCACUAUAUUGAUGCAUUUGAAAAGUCUGUUGUUUUGUAUAAGAGACACAUGUCUAAGAGUGAGAAUGGCCUGUCUGGGAAGUUUGGCUUUUUGACGAGUAAGUCUCGGGUGGCUUUUGAACAUCGUCUUUUGCCCUCAACACUGGCGAAAGUUAAUGAUGUUACACAGCAGCUAAAGGAUUCAUGGGAUUCAUAUCAAAGUGAUAAUGCGAAGAGAGAAAACAAUGAGCUGGUAGCGUAUUCUGUUGCAUACGCAAAGGAAAGCUUAUGUGUAUUUGAUAGCUCCUGCUCUGAAAGUAUGUUGUCUCAGACCUUAUCAAUUCUUGGUUGCGUGAUACUUAGAGCUAGUUCUGAUGAUGUUAUGGACUCUGUGUUGGAAAAAUACAACACAUCUAGUAUGGAAGAUCUAUAUCUGCUUGCAUCCACACUUAAGUUCAUGACUUGUUCGAUGUUGCAAGCCAUCCGGGUUCUCAGGAAUUGGAACUGGCAUGAAGCUGGAGGUGAUGUUCGAGCUUGCAAGGAAUACAAAGCCAUGAUGGAUGUUGUUCAACGUUUUGAACAGUUCAAUAUUCAUAUGCCCUGUCAAAGUUUCCUGCGCGAUAGAAUGGAAUCUUACCCUCACAGAUCUAAGUGGAUGCUUAUGCAUUUUUCAGGCUUACUGUCUGUAAGCUUUGCACUCAAGCUUGACUUUCUAGUGAAGGACUCCAUUUUUGGAAUGGUGAUAUCUAUGUAUUUAUUCAUCCUAGAAGGGGGUGACUUGGAAGCACUUGGGGAUUCAGUUGGUCACUCAGAAAACACGUCAUCGUCUAUACUAUCCAGUGGUUCCAAAAACUUGGCUGCUUCUGGUAAAGCUGACAAGACAGCAGUAGAUAGGAAACAGAGCGGGGCAGUUGCUUUGAAGUUUCACAAAAACCGAACUUUGUACUUGGGGAAGGUGUCUGAAGCUAAAGGUCCAGAGAAUGGUUCAGAUUCAGGAGUUGGUGUUGAAGAGGAAACCUGCAAUGGGGAGAGAUUUCUGUGGUGUAUGGCAGGAAAAGGUAACGUGACAAAAACCGAUGUGGACGAGUUGGCAGAUUUCAUAGCGUGUGAUCCCGGUAAGGACUACUCCGACUGGCUAAAAGGGAGAGAACGAUUUCGGAACCAACGGUGGAAGUCAGACAAGAUUGCUAAAGAAAGGUGGAAUAAGAAGCAAAAAGCUUGGAGAGAGAACAGAGGAAGAGGGUCUAAAAGCUGAAUGUUAAUCUUCUGUUGUAAAAGAGUUCAUCAUGUAGAAAUGUCACUACUUUAGUCUCUGAUAAUUAUGUAUAAAAUGGUUUCUAUUAUCAUGGAAAUUUUUUGACCC